GCCAUUUGUAUUGACAUCAGUCAGCUGCUUCAAUCACUGGCACCAUGAGAGCUUUACUAAUAUGCUGUGUCGCCUUUGCGGCGCUGGCAGUUGCUAGUUGUAGGACGGCUCGCGAAAGACGCGAUGCCGACCUUCAAGAAGCGGCUAGCCAUCAUGGUGGCAAGUGGGACAAAGGGGGUGGCCACGAACAUCACGCUGAUCAUCACCAUGAUCAUGGCGAAAAGGGUCACAAAGGAUACAAGGGACAUCACCAUCACGAGCAUGGCAAAAAGGGCCACCAUCACCAUGAGGGUCACAAAGGUCAUCACGACGAGCAUGGUGGCCAUAAGAAACAUCACCACCACGAUGAUGGCUACCAUCAUGAGCACCACCAUGGAGACAAAGGUCACAAAGGUCAUGGACAUCACGAGGAGGGGCAUUACCACAAGGGACAUUCCACUAAGGGUCAUCACGGUGUUCAUAAACAUGACGAGUUCAAGAAAGAAAAACACUUCCACGAUAAACACCAUGAAGGCGGUCACCACGAGCACCACGGUGGACACCACGAGGAGCAUGGACAUAAGAAGGGCGGCGGCUUUCAUAAGGGUCAUAAGGAUGGUGGUCAUCAUCAUCAUGAGCAUGGCAAGAAGGGCCAUCAUGAGAAGGGAGGACACCACCACGAUCAUAAGGGUCACCAUGAAGAAGGUGGACAUCACGAGCAUCACCACCACCACCAUGACCACGGAGACAAGGGAGGUCAUGAACACCACAAGCACUGGGGCCACAAGAAGGGUCAUUGAAGAUGUCAGUACCUGUUUAAAUACAUGCGCACUGAUGGAACCAAGUUUAAGUUCCUAUAGUUAAAGUUAUGUUAAGUUUUGUUAACUGUGAUGAAUUGUUUUAUUAAAUAUUUCGUUAAUAAUAUUACAGCGUUUUCAUGUCAGACGUGCGGCCCAGCUCAAAAUCUGUAAUAUAAUAUUAUCUGUAAUCUUUGUUAGUAGAAAAACGAACUUAUCAAUUUCACAGCACGUUUCGACAACAAAGUUACAUAAAAUUGUUGGCGGUGGACCGUUGGCAACGGCUCCCGGCAAGAUAAGUAACUCAGCGUUGAGAAACUAGGGCGGUGCCCGAGAUUGGCCUACAUAUUGGUGAGUAAAGAAUUAGUUGUGGUUGCAAUCAAGCGUUUCCUAUAGAAAACAUUGCAGCCGCUGAAAUUGAUAAGGUUUCUUAAUAAAAUGUUUGGUAACCGUGUUGUAGAAAAGUCUAGAAAAUCUUAAUGAAACAGUAUUACAUGAUUCUUUUGUAAUAUUUGAAUAAAAUAAUUUCAAAGUA